AUACUCCUCAGCUGCUCCACUUCUACCUCCUCCGACUCUCUUCGGCUGCUUUUCGGGCGCUCUGGCAGCAUGUAUUUGUGGCUCACAGCGUUGGCCGGACUGGCGAUCCUGUGUUUCUUCUACAUCAGGGCGCAUUUCCCCUACUUUAGCGCAGAUUUCUGGACCGUCCUGAGAAGCGUCAGACUUGGCCUCAGGCUGCUCAAAUACAAGAGGAUCAAACCUUUCUACAGCAUCUUGGACUGCUUCUUGGAUGCAGUGAAGAGUCACCCCGAUAAGGUCUUCCUGCACUUCGAGGGUCGCUCCUACACCUAUGGAGAAGUGGACAAGCAGAGCAACAAGGUGUCCAGAGCCCUGCAGGCUGAAAUCGGGCUGAAGGAGGGGGAUGUGGUGGCUCUGUUCAUGGCCAACGAGCCCAGCUUCGUGUGGACUUGGCUCGGUUUGGCCAAACUGGGCUGUCCGGCUGCUCUGCUCAACUUCAACAUCAGGUCCAAGUCUCUGCUGCACUGUUUCUCCUGCUGCGGAGCCAAAGUGAUCAUCGCCUCUCCAGAGCUGCAGGGCGCUGUGGAGGAGGUCCUGCCGACGCUGAGGGAGCAGGGGAUCAGUGUGUACCUGCUGUCUGAGAGCUGCAGCGUCCCGGGCAUCAACGCCUUUUCGGACAAGAUCUCCCAGGCCUCCGAUCAGCCGAUGUCCAGGGACCUCAGGGCCAACAUCCACAUCAGGAGCACCGCUAUAUACAUCUACACAUCGGGCACCACAGGUUUGCCUAAAGCAGCCGUCGUCACCCAUGAGAGGGUCUGGGCCUCCUCCUUCCUCCAGACGGCGUGUGGAGUCACAACAGACGACGUGGUCUACAUCAAUCUGCCCCUCUAUCACAGCGCAGGCUUCCUGAUCGGCCUGAUCGGAGGCAUCGAGAGAGGUAUAACCAUCGUUCUGAGGAGAAAGUUUUCUGCCUCCCAGUUCUGGGACGACUGCAGGAAGCAUGAUGUGACAGUGAUGCAGUACAUCGGUGAAACAAUGCGCUACCUCUGCAACACGCCCAAGAAAGAAAAUGAGAAAAACCACAAAGUGAGGAUUGCAAUCGGCAACGGAGUCCGACCUGAUGUUUGGUCCGAGUUCCUGCAUCGCUUCGGGGACAUUAAAGUCAAAGAGCUGUACGCCGCCACAGAGGGAAACAUCGGCUUCAUCAAUUACACGUCCAAGAUCGGUGCAGUGGGACGAGUCAAUUUUGUGCACAAGUUUUUCUUCCCCUUCACUGUGAUCAAGUUUGACAUUGAGAAGGAGGAGCCUGUCAGGAACUCUGCGGGUCUCUGCAUCAAAGCAGCUGUAGGCGAGACGGGACUUUUAGUGGGAAAGGUAACUCAGAGGUCUCCCUUUGUUGGCUACGCUGGUAACAAGGAACAGACGGAGAAGAAGAGGCUUCGUGACGUCAUGAAGAAAGGCGACCUGUACUUCAACAGCGGCGAUUUGCUUCGGAUCGACAGCGACAACUUUGUGUACUUCCAGGACCGAGUUGGUGACACUUUUAGGUGGAAAGGAGAGAACGUCGCCACGUCGGAGGUUGCAGACAUUCUCACGAUGGCUUAUUGCAUUUUAGAGGCAAAUGUUUACGGCGUUAAAGUCGAAGGUCAUGAGGGACGGAUCGGCAUGGCAGCUCUCACUUUGAAAGAAGGACAAGACUUUGACUGUUCAGACGCCUACAAGCAGGUCGCCACCUAUCUCCCAGCGUACGCAAGACCCAGAUUCAUCAGGAUUCAGCCCGCGCUGGAGAUGACGGGAACAUUCAAGAUGAGGAAAGUGAAACUGGUGGAGGAGGGAUUCAACCCAGCUCAGAUCAAAGAUCCUUUGUAUUUCCUCGAUCCUGAGAAAAAGACUUAUAUUCCUAUGACUGAGGAGAUCUACAGAGCGAUCGCUUCGAUGGAAAUCAAACUCUAACACAGAAACUAAUGCAGUCAGUGAUGCAACUGCUCAUUAAUGGACUUUAACAGUGAACUAAUCUCAGGGAAACACUUUAUCAUGAUUGAAUAUAAAUUGUUUUUUAAUUAACACAACUACUUCACAGCUACAGUUUUUAAAAAAAAAAGUAUUCCAUUAUGCAGACAGUAAGUGAUAUACAGGUAUGUCUCACUGCCACUGUUGUGUUUUUAAUAAUUGUGUUUUAAUUAAUAAAAUUCUGGUUGUCUUAUUCCCCUGAA